GUGAUUAUAUAUUGAUUGAGUCUAAAUAAAGUGUUAGCCUUUCUCCAUUUGCGAAAUCAAAAUGGCGUCGCAGCUGGCGAGAAAUGUUCGGAGAGUAGGUAAAGGUUACUUACCACGUCCUUCUCCCAAAACACCUGCGGACUAUGGCGGGUUAAUUGCAGAUCCUGCUAUUGAUAGAUGGAUGACAAUGCGAGAAACUACAACAAAACAUUUUAAAUGGACUCCGAAAACAUUUGGACUGAUUGUUUUUUGGGCUGGAAUUCUGCCAACCUCACUUUAUUAUUUUAUUAAAGAAGAAAUUACGAACAAUUAUGUUGCUGCUGGUAAAGAAAGACCUCAUUUCUUUCCAGACUCUGAAAUGUCGAAACGAAGACCUGAUCCAUUACCCCCACGAAAGGAGGGUGUUAAAAUAGUUUUGUAAUUGUUGUAUUUAAAUUCCCUUAAAAUAUAUUUUACAUGUUGUUA